UGUUUCCACGCCACCCGCUGAGGGGAGGGCGGACCCCAGCUUCCCUGCCGCCUGCCCCGCCUCCCCGCCGGCCCGGCUCGGGCCGCGCAGGCGCACCAGGCGCGGUUCGGAGGCCGAGGGCGACCACAGCAGCCUCCGCCUCCUGCUGCUCCGGACGAUUCUGCGCUGGGCUAGUCGGCGGUGACCUGGACUGCGCCCGGCAGUGGCUUCGCGGGCGACGCGUCGCCAUGGGCUCUCGCUGGAGCAGUGAAGAGGAGAGGCAGCCGCUGCUGGGGCCCGGACUCGGGCCUGGGCUGGGGGCCUCCUGGAGAAGCCGGGAGGCAGCGGCGGCGGCACUGCCCGCGGCGGUCCCGGGUCCCGGGCGGGUGUACGGGCGCCGCUGGCUGGUGCUGCUGCUCUUCUCGCUGCUGGCGUUCGUUCAGGGCCUGGUCUGGAACACCUGGGGUCCCAUCCAGAACUCGGCGCGCCAGGCCUACGGCUUCUCCAGCUGGGACAUCGCGCUGCUCGUGCUGUGGGGGCCCAUCGGCUUCCUGCCCUGCUUCGCGUUCAUGUGGCUCCUGGACAAGAGAGGUCUCCGGAUAACUGUGCUCCUGACAUCCUUCCUUAUGGUUUUGGGAACUGGUCUAAGAUGCAUACCUAUAUCAGACUUAAUGCUUAAAAGAAGAUUAAUUCAUGGAGGACAGAUGUUAAAUGGAUUGGCAGGUCCAACUGUAAUGAAUGCAGCACCAUUUCUCUCCACGACGUGGUUUUCUGCAGAUGAAAGGGCCACAGCCACAGCUAUUGCAUCAAUGCUCAGUUAUCUUGGGGGAGCAUGUGCAUUUUUAGCUGGACCACUUGUUGUUCCAGCUCCCAAUGGGACAUCACCUCUUCUUGCUGCAGAGAGCAGCAGGGCGCAUAUUAAAGAUCGCAUAGAGGCUGUGUUAUAUGCAGAAUUUGGAGUUGUCUGCUUAAUAUUUUCUGCAACACUAGCUUAUUUCCCACCCCGACCUCCUCUUCCUCCCAGUGUUGCUGCAGCUAGCCAGCGGCUGAGUUACCGGAGAAGCGUUUGUAGAUUAUUAAGCAAUUUUCGAUUUUUGAUGAUUGCUUUAGCAUAUGCCAUACCACUUGGUGUAUUUGCUGGCUGGUCUGGAGUUCUGGACUUAAUUUUAACACCAGCACAUGUCAGCCAAGUAGAUGCUGGCUGGAUUGGAUUUUGGUCCAUAGUUGGAGGCUGUGUUGUUGGAAUAGCUAUGGCAAGGUUUGCAGAUUUUAUCAGGGGUAUGCUGAAACUAAUUCUUCUCCUCCUGUUUUCUGGAGCUACACUGUCAUCCACGUGGUUCACCCUGACCUGUUUGAACAGCAUCACACACCUACCUUUAACCACAGUGACAUUGUAUGCCUCCUGUAUUCUCCUGGGAGUGUUCUUGAAUAGCAGUGUACCUAUAUUUUUUGAGCUUUUUGUGGAAACUGUCUACCCGGUUCCAGAAGGAAUUACUUGUGGAGUUGUCACUUUUUUAAGUAAUAUGUUUAUGGGAGUACUUUUAUUUUUUCUCACAUUUUAUCAUACAGAGUUGUCUUGGUUCAACUGGUGCCUUCCCGGGUCGUGUUUGCUCAGUCUUCUCCUCAUUCUGUGCUUCAGGGAAUCCUAUGACAGACUCUAUCUUGAUGUGGUUGUCUCCGUUUAAUAGCACAGACUUGAAGGAGUUUAAAAGGAGGCUGGAAAUCAAUACUGCACACUGCACAUUUGCUCGGAAUUGCACAUCUAACAGGAAAAGAGGGAGAAGAAAGAAACUUCAUUCAGAGGUUUUGUUAGGUUACAGAUUAUCACAUUAAUUUAAUUACUACUAGGUAAUAAUAAUGGGAGACUUGAGUGAUAAUAGGGGAUUUUAAAACUCUACAGAUGGCAUACCUGUGCCUGAUUCUGGGGUUGGAAGUGUGACUUCUUACACGUAAAGCACUACCUAAGUAAUUCUCUCUCUGUUUUGUGCCAGUGCUAAACUACUGAUUACUUGUAAUUAUGAAAAGAAAUAAAGGGUGUCUAUCAUAUGAAGAUAACGCCUUCCCUAAGUCACAUAUCAGAAUAGGAAGAUAUGCCACUAACUUCUAAAGAAGUUCAAACCCUGUAUCCAAUUUUAAUGAUAAAAUAGCCAAGAGGUAUAUCGAUGAUAGAAAUUAGCCACGUGUACGCUACGUUUUUUCUAAUAAAGCCAUUUCUUAUAUGA